CUACUUCAAGUCUCUUCUUUCGUCGUCACAGCGUCUUAUGUUUGGACUUGUUUUGUCAAAUCCGAGGAGCAAGUGGAUGAUGAUGAUGUGCUGCAAGUCUUCAUUUUCGCGGCGGAUAUACGGGCACGGAUUGAUCCGCCAGUUCCCGCCAGUUACUUCGGCAACUGCUUGGCUUACGGGUUGGCGAAAAUCGAGCAUAAACAGCUUGUGGGGGGAGAAGGGUUUGUGAUUGCUGCAGAGGCUAUUGCUGACCAAAUCAAGAAUAGGUUGAACAACAAGGACCAAGUGUUGAAAGGUGCUGAGAAUUGGCUGUCAGAGACUAAGGAAAUGACAGCCAUAAGAGCAUUUGGGGUGUCUGGAUCCCCGAAAUUCGACUUGUGCAGUGCGGAUUUUGGAUGGGGAAGGGCAAGAAAGCUGGAAACGGUGUCCAUUGAUGGAGAGAAGCAUUCCAUGUCUUUGUGCAAGUCAAGGGAUUCAGAGGGAGGAUUGGAG